AUGCGACAUGUGAUGCCAUUCCGCACGUUCUGGCCGUCGCGCCCUACCAUACCGCGCCAGCUAUCCAGCCACCAGUGUGUCGUUACACGGCUGUCUCGCCGCAGAUUGUCGAAUGAUGCAUCCGACAAUGAUCCACAGCCAACCAUUGUCAGCGAGGAUGGUAGCAAGACGUUGCGUGGUAGGAAGCAUGAAAACAAGAGCCUACCACUGCCGGUCUUGAUGGAUCCAGUCCUGCAAGAGGUCAAGCAAAAGCACCACAAGCCAAAGCCUCGCCAGAUCGACACUCCGUCACAAGCAGCACUGGAGUUUAGAAGGAAGCUGCGACGGAAUGUACAUGCCAAUGCAUUACUUACCACUGUCCGGCAGUGUUCAGUCACCAGAGCACGUCUACCCAUUCACUUCUUGAUCCCAUUCACCGCAGAGAUGCCGAAUGCCGAGGACGCGGAGGAGUCUGGCGAAGGAAAAGAAGCUCCAAAGGCUGAACCCAAGUCCACAGGCCCGACACUCGUCCCAGCGAUCGAUAUUUCCACCAAAGGCAGCCCAUCCAGCUACUUGCUCGCUACGAAAGAAGCUGUCAACAGCACCUUCAGCAGGAAGGGCAAAUCUCAUGUCCUCGUGAACGAACGCAUGAAGAAGAGGUAUGCGGCACACAUUGGUCAAAACUGGGAGAAAGCGUCCGCGGACUGGCUUGACAAGACACGGAAAGCAUGGCCAGCCGAGCAGAGUGUGCCCGAUACUGUGCUGGCAGCGCUUCGUCGGAGCGUGGUGGCCAACAUAGCUUGGUGCGCCAAGGAAGAAGACGAACGUAUACCUGGUGGAAGCCUGAUGAGUCAGACUGUGCUUGGUGGUGCUGAGGGUGUGGAGGAAGAUGACGAGGGCAAGAGCAAGAGCACGCCGCCUCGUCUGCUGUAUGUGGAGAACUCGAGCUCUUACUACAAUGCGGCAGGCGAGUAUGUUGAUAGACCGAGGGAAGAGAUGGAGGAGGUCGAGUAUGAUUUGGGCAAGUUGCUAGGACCUGAGCUGUGUGAGGAACUGAAAGAGAAGCAUCUGGGCGAGUGGAGAGAUGAUCGUGCUCCAGUCCUGAUCCGGCAUCCGAAAAGUAUGAGCACGAUCAUGACGUUGGAGAAGUUGCAGAAUUACCUCGACGGAGCGAAUGGUUGA